AUGCCUCGCCCCGGAGAUGGUUCAUCACACAACGGCCCCUUUGAGGAGGCCGGCCACGACAUCGUGCACGGCGCCGGCCAAGUCAAGAAGGACAAGGUUGACCGCGCCGACAAGACGGCCCCUCUGCCGGAGCACGAAAAGGGCGCCGGCCUGGACGGCAUGAACGCGAGCGGCGGCCAGAGCCAGGGCAUCAAGAAGGGCGACGACGUCGGUCAGGGCGGCUCGACCAGGAGCUAG